AGGAGCUCAGGAGGAGCUCAGGAGGAACUCAGGAGGAACUCAGGAGGAACUCAGGAGAGGAGAUAGAAGGCUUCACUGUGGUCUAAGGGAAGAAACAUAUAGCUCAUGUUAUGCUCUUUAUUGAUGAUGAUGAUGAUGAUGAUGAUGAUGAUGAUGAUGGACACAUGCAGGAGCAGGAAGUGCACUAACCUGCAGGAGUGAUCAUUAUUAUUAUAUUAUUAUUAUUUGGUCUCUGCUGUCGCUUCACACACAUGAGAGGGAAACACACAUCAUGACCAACACUGCUGGAGGUGAAGCGGUUCCAGCAGGAUGUGAGGACGUCCUGGAGCGCUACGUGACUUUCUGCAGCCGUGUGUGGAGAGAAGGUGGUGUGAAGGUGUGUGAGGAAGCACAGCUGGUGGAAGAAGCCAAGCAGCUGCUGAUAACUCAGAGUCAAGAAGCUUCCACGUUCACACUCCUGCCAUUUUACCCCACUGUCAGCGACAUCAUCAGCACCGACCCCAACAGCAGCAGCAGUGUGCUCCGGCGCCUCAGCAGAGCCUUCGAGGUUCUCGAGCUGUUCUGCAUCAACCUGUUCCUCUUUCCCUGGAAAAAAGAGUUUAAAACGCUGAAGAAAUUUACUGGUCAUUUUGUUUACAACAUCAAAUCGGUUCUGCCGCCGCAGACGAUUCAGAUCGUUCUCCACCACAUCGGCUACGACUCUGAAACCGACACCGAGUACAGGCUCUCCGACAGCGCCGACCCAAACCACGCUAAAGCAAUGGGCAUAGAGCUGUUUCUGGCCCGAGUCGAAUGCGAACGUCUGACUCAGAUGACAAGCCAGACGUCUCAUGCAGAAUGUCUGAGGAUCAUCCGGAGCCGAGGUUCUGCUGCAGCGCUUCAGGAGGAACCGGAGCUCGAUAACUCUACAAACGGAGUUCUGAAGAACGACGGAGCAAACAGAGACGACUUCUCGUUACAUCCAGAACCGAAUCUGAAACCUUUAGACCAGGAAGUAAACGAGCAUGAAAACUCGGAGCAUGGAACGUUCCUGAGUGAAGAUAAGUCCAUCCUGGAGAUGCAGAAGGAUUACCCAGACCUCACCUUCAGACAGAGGCCCAUCUUCAAAAGGUCUACUGCCAAGAUAACUCGCUCUGGAGGAAGAGACCUGAAGCUUGAGCAUGAAAUGAGCAAAUGUGAAACUGAAGCUCCAGAAUCUGCUCUGGAACCUCGAUCCUCUGAAGAACAGCAGUUGCAUGUAGGAGAUACGUCACAAACUCCGGGGUUCAAACACGUCGACGUCACCUCGGUGACGGACCUGGCCGAGAUGAUGGACAAGCUGAAACUAAAAGAGUGGUCCGGCGAGGAGCCUCUGAAGUGUCCGGUGGAGGAGACGUCACAGUGCGAGAAGAAGGAGAUGGGCCCCAUCAUCUGCAGCCCCUCACAGGAGUCUCUCUGCUCCAUCGCAGGCUGCAACAGCUGCUCCACCUCGGAUCGACUCCAGCAGCACCGCAGCAUCACGGAGCCUCCGCAGUCCUUCUACAUCCCCAACCGUGUGAGUGGGUCUGCUGUGGUGCUUCCUGCAGAGAACGAGCAGAACAUCCACCCCAGCAGCAAGGCAGGAGCUGAGCCAGGCUUCCACCAUACUCUGGAGAGCCUGUGACAUCACUAAAUAAACUUUAGACCAAUCACAUUCAAUAUGCAAAUGAGCAAAAACUGGCAGAAAUUUGUUUGGCUGCUGAUAACUAGACCUAACUAGUUUUACUCAGGGUUAACUAAACAGCUAGUUACAUGACGUUACGUAAUGACAUUUGGCAGUAGACCGGAGUCAGUGGGAUGAGUGGGGGUGGGGGUGGGGCUCAUUUGCAUAUUAAUGAGCACCCCAAGACGUUACGUAACCGCUUUUAUUCAUUUAUUUGAAACGUUUAAGCAAAAAAAUGAAAAGUUAUCUUUUUAGACAGCAUGUAAACCUGACAGGGCGCACGGUGGCUUAGUGGUUAGCACGUUCGCCUCACACCUCCAGGGUCGGGGGUUCGAUUCCCACCUCCUCCUUGUGUGUGUGGAGUUUGCAUGUUCUCCCCGUGCCUCGGGGGUUUCCUCCGG